AUGGUGGGUCCGAAGCUGCCUCGCCCGGGGCGGAGCCCGCUCAAGACUCGCGGAUCGCGCCGCGUGGCCACCUCCAGCGCCCUCGCCUUCGCCACCGUCUCCUUCAGCAACGUGAAACCCCAGUCGUCAAGACAGGCCUCCACCAAACAGACCCAGGAUUCGCACUACGCCGCCAGCACCGGACAGACCCAGUGGCUCCAGAUCACCCUGCAGAAAGCGGAGACCCCCAACCAGGCGGAUAUUAAUGGCUUCUCCACGCUGCACACAGCCGCACUGCACGGGCGGCUGGACUGCAUGAAGAUGCUGAUCGAGAAGUUCAACUUGGACAUCAACAUGGCCAGCCUGAGGGGCUGGAGGCCCAUCCACCUGGUGCUGGGCCAGGAGAGCAAGGCCAUGGCCGUGGAGUGCCUCCAGUACCUGCUCAGCAAAGGCGCAGACGUCAACGUGCAGAAUUACAACGGGGUGUCUCCACUUCACAAGGCUGCCAGCGAGGGGCGUGAAAACUGUCUCCAGGUUUUGAUUGACGCCGGGGCUAACGUCCAUGCCCACGACAACGAGGGACAGAAGCCCAUCGAUCUGUGCAAAAUGUGGGGCCACAGAGCGUGUGCCAAGCGCCUCUCCCAUGCCAUGUGGAAGGCCAACAAGAAGCACCAGCUGCAACAGAUGUGCAAACUGGAGUCCAUCAAAGCCGUGUGUGAGAUGAAGCAAAGGCAGUUCCUGCUGAGAGAACAGAGGGAGCUGAACAUCUGCAACGUGAUGGCCUUCGAAAGCUGGCUGCUGAAGAAGGGCCUGCCUCUGCCCACUCGGACCAUCCUGGACCUGUCGCAGGUCCAGCGCCACUCGCUGACCCUCCGCAAGUUGGCCGGCCAUAUUGCCAGCCCCAUCCCCUCCCUCGGCGCCCUGCUCAGGUCCUCCGACUCGAUCUUCAGCAUACAACGCAGGUACCGGCGUCAGAAGCCCUGGAACCUCAGCACCAACCUGGAGUCCGAACCGGCCACGUCCAUCUUCCGGCCGAAUGUCAUCCGGUUAGGCGUAGAGCCCGAGAAGCUGCCGCAGCACGACUUCACCUCCUUCCUCUUCCUCUUCAAGGAUCCUUUCGGGGAUCCGGUGAUCCAGAUCGACAAUAUUGGCAGGGUCUACUCCGUGCCGGAUCUGCCCUACGAGGUCCUUCACCAGAGCCUCUAUCCCCGCACCUGGACGCCCCGCCUGGAGGUCCCUCGGGACCUCCGGCCGGUGCAGAUUUUUAAUCUGAAGCACCGGCGUCGCCCGGGGCCAGAGCACUGGUGGACCGACCAAAUGGCCCUGAGCCUCCGGGUCACCCUGGAUCCCAUGUUCCUGAGCAGCCUGCAGAGCCACGUCUCUACCUACUGCAGCACCGAAGCUCUGAGCCCAAGAACGGCGAGCUCAAGCUCCCCGAAAGAGCCCCCCUCCGUCCAGAGCGAAUCGUCCAACUCGUCCAGCCCGUAGGAGGAAGGCCUUGUGGGCCCCUUCUGCCACGCCCCAGAGAGCAAAGGGGCAGGAAUGCCCCCUCCCCUCAACUGCCCCGUCUCUAUAUAAAGUAUUUGAUAGGGUUGACUCUGCCACGCUCAGAAACAUUUAAUGAUGAAUAAUAAUAAUAAUAAUAAAAGCGCAGUUAGGGCAGUUCCUC